AGUCUAUGGCCGAGGAGGGGGGUCGGGAACAAAGAAAUUUGGGGGGACUGAGACAGGUGCGGGGUAACGGGGAGUAGUCGACGUUCUCCAGCCCCUCUCCCCUCGCUGGGUCCACGUCUCUCGGGGUAGAAACCCAGAGGAAUCCCAGGUGGGUCCGGGGCAGGAGGGAAGGCAGGGGUCCGGGCCACCCCCGGGAGAGUGGGGGGAGGGGCGGCGGGAUUGACAGUCGGUAAUUGGGUAACUGGAGGCGGCUUCUCCGGCCCGGCGGCCCCGCCACCGCGACGCCGGGCCCCUGACGUCACCCGAUUCGCCAGGAAAUGAACUUUUUAAUAAUCCGAGGAGGGAGGAAAGCCCUCGGUCCCCUCGGCUUGGGGGGCGCCAGGCCAGGCCCAGCUCCGCGGGCGCGCCCCCGUCACCCUCUCCCAGGCCAGCUCUGGGCAGCGCCAAGGGGGCGCGGGCCCCGGCCAGGGGCCUCCUCCUACCUCUUCGUCUGGCUGUCCGUUCGCCUGUCCGAGGCCCUGGCGCAGCUUACGAUUCUUCAUCAACUCGUAAAAUGCAAUCGCCGCGAAGCCUCGAGUCUGUUUGGGUCCCCGGAGCCAACCGGCAGCUUCUCAAAGACACCGCGGCCGCGGGAACAAUCCCCCGCGUCCGGCAAGGCUGCCUCGCUGGACUCCAACUCCGUGACCCAGCGCGGGAAGCCGCCGGAGCCAAGCGGAAGCUUCCCGUGGGGCCGAGAUCGGCGCCACGACUCGCGGGGAGGUAGCCGCUUCGAGCCCUUGAGAAAGCAGAUUAUCGGAGCCCUUUCAGAGCGCGCACAACAAAUGCGCCCGCCAUCGAAUGCAUCAUUUACCACCGCAGAUCCGCGCGCUGAUGGGCAGGCAGAUAGCCGUCCGCGGGGGGCAUACCGGGCGCCCAGUGCCCGAGCCGCCUGCCUCCCGGGGGCACCCGAGUGUAAGCCCCCCGGGUGUGCCCGGUGUGUCUGGAUGGACAUGCGAGUGUGCCCGUGGAUGGUCACUGAACAAGCAAAGGUGUUGGUGCACAUGCGGGUAUGUCACACAAGUGUGCUACAAGGAAGUGCACUCGUGCAAGCCCAUGAACACACGCGUGCUGGGCGUGUGUGCUGUGAGUGCCUGGAGAUGGCUGAGAUGAGGCUGUUUGAGGGUGCACAGAGGAAGGGGUGUUGCACGUGAAUGUGUGGGCAUGCAUGUCACUCAGUGUGGGUAGACACGUGUGCAAAGGUGUGGGUGUGCAAGUCUGUGUGUACAAGUGUGAUGGAUGAGCGUAUUGUGAGUGCCUCAGUGUAUCUGCCCUCGACGAGGCUGUUCAGGAGUGCACUUAGGGGCUGGUGUCCCCGCCACUAGGGUGGGUGUAUAUGUGCAUAUUCAGGCAUGGGUGUGUUACUCUGCUGAUUGGUGUGUGCCUGGGGGUGUCCCACCUACUUAGUGUUUUGGGGGCAUGCAUGCUUGUAAGCAUGUGCAUCCAUGCAUUCCUGGGAAUGCCAGGAUUGAAUGUGCCGUUGUCAGUGUUCACCCUAGGGUGUGCCUUGGGUUGAGCAAGGAUCCGCGUGAGGGUGGUUGUGUCCUUGUGUGUCUGUUUGCCCGGGUGUGCCUGGGUGCGCUGCAAGAGCGGCAAGGGGAAGGGCAGUGGUCGGGGUCUGUCCGGGCCGCAUGUGGACGCUCAGGACCUGACACACGAGCAAGGCCCCCUCCAGCUUGGGAAAGAGACAGAAGAGAGAGAAUGGGGUGUGCGGGUCUGAUAGACGCCACAGUAGAAGGAGUGGGAUGUGCUGUGUAACACGAGUGCUUGUGACAGAAAACGGAGUGUGCGGGUGUGUAAGGGGGAGAGGUCUUCGGAAGAGUUUGGGAACACCCAGGGGUCCCAACCCUCCUCAGGGGGCACGCCCUGCCAGGGGCCCAGAGCCUCCUGGUUCUGGACCUGGGGUAAGAAAGACCGGAGCCCCAACGCCUGAGGUCCCCGCACAGUGAGUGACACGCGCCGCCGACAAAGGCUGUAUUUUUCCAGGCUUGCGCCCCGCCUGCGCGCGCGCGAUGGUCCCCAUGGCGACGCAGAUAGUGCUGCAGCCAUUUUCCCUAUCUCCCCAAAGUCUAUUAUACGGCGGGAUUAGCUCAUCUCCAGGCAGGUCAAACCCAAAGUCACACAACCUACGGCGCGGGCCCCGCCCCCCGCCCGGCCGCCCCUCCCUCCCCUGCCUGGGUCGGGUCUCGGCCCGAGACCCCCGAGCCGCUGCCCAUGCGCAGGCGCAGAGCGCCACCUGGCGGCCGCGGGCAUCCCGAGUGGGUCUCUGAGAGCCGGCAGCCUGAACCUGAGCGGCCCAAGCAGAAGAGGUGGGGCAGGGGUCGCUUCCUCCAGGAGGUGGGCUCUCUCGAAGCAUGGCUUUGUUUUGUCACUGCUGUGUCCUCAGGGCCAGGUUGGCACACAGUAGAUGCUCGUAGGUGUUUGUUGAAAGGACGGAUGAAUGGGCAGGAAAUUACAGACACAGGCAAACUGUCAAAGGCCAGGCAGCUAAGUGGGCACCAAGAAAUCACUUCUUAGAAAUGUGUCCACUAAAUUUAGAAUAAAAGCUAAACUCCUUUGGCACCUAUGUAACAUCCCUUGUUGACCAGUCAGACCCGGUUCCCCCCUUCUUGCUCCAGCCACAGUGGCUUUCUUUCUGUUCUUUGAACAGGCCAGCACGUUCCCAUCCCAAGGCCUGUGUCUGCUGUUCCCGCUGCCCAGUGUGUGUUUCACCUCUGCUCAGAUGUCAUUCCUCAGAGAGCAAAGUCUCUCCUCUGCCAGCGUUUCUCAGUCCAUGCUAUAGACUUCUUUUAUAGUACUUAGCACAAUGUAAACUCAUCUUGUCUCUAUUUGCUUGUUGCCAGCUCUCCUCCCCAGAAUGCUAGGUUCCCUGGGGGAGGGGUCUGUCCAGUUCCAGACAGCAGCCCAGCGGCUAGAACCAUGUCUGACAGUUGGUUGGCAUCAGUCAAAACUUUGGGAAUGAGUGGAUGAGAACAAGAGGAGGCCAGAAGAGCAAGUGAGUGAGGCCGUGUGCCUUCAUCAUUAUCAUUUCUCUUUAUUGCUGUUCCAGUCCUCUUCCUGCCUGUGUUGCUUACCCUGGCCCUGGGGUGCCUGGCUUCACCAAUCUGCCCCAACCGGCAAGUCCAGAGGGGCCUGGGAUUGAGGGAGAGAGCGCCGUGAAGGCCCCUCCACAGCAUGCACCUGCCGUGCCUGUGAGGGCAGAUAACAGUUCUCACCUUGUGUUCUCGGGGAGCCAUGGCCUCUCUGGGGAGGCCUGGGCCACCAGGCGAGACUUCAUUCAUAAUACGAGAUAAUUAUACCAAAGCUGUCAGGAGGCAGCAAUGAUUAAUUGCUGUGUGUGGGCAGGGACAGCAAGGUGUGGAGAACCUAGAGAAGGCCACAGCCCAACUGGGCUUCCGGGGAGGAGCUUGGCCUGCCCUGGCUCUGCCCUGGGAGGGGCUAAUCAGGCACCAGGCCAAGCCUCACCCGCCCAGGUGGGCUUGGAACAAACUUAGAGGGCCGUGCUCAGGGGCUCCAAUAAUUAGUUCCCUGUGUCCUCAGAAAUGCCCAAUUCCCUCCUGAAAGAGGAGGUAUGGGGUAGCUCAGGCUCUGAGGUCAGGACUCUCCCUCAACACACCCACACAUAGCCCUCCCGGCUGGGCGGCCUUAAGCAAGUCACCUGCCUACUCUGAGCCUCAGGUCUGCCUCUGAUAACCUCCCUCCAGGGAGGUUGUGAGAAUGUCUCAUGAACAUUUAUUUCAAAAGAGUUUUGUAACCCAGGCUUUGAAAAGUGGCAGCCUAAAUCCCAGGGGCCCGUGUGAUGACUAAUUGUUGCCAACGUUGUGAAGGGGGGGUUCCACAUAAAGAGCCCCGUUUCCAGGUUCUCUUGAAAAAUUGGGAGAUUGGCUACCCUGGGCCUACUUUCCCGCAUGGUAGUGAAGGCUGGAGUUCUGUCUUGCCAGCCCCUGUAGACAGGCAUGUGCACCCACUUCAAGCCCCCGGGUUGGCGUGUGUCCCUCAUAGCAGUGUUGGGUGCUGUGGCUGUGUUCUGUAGGCCUUCCUUCUCUGUAUCCUUUGCUGUAGCCUUUCCAAAAUCUUUCUCCCUCCGGAUACCGUAAACCACUUUGUAAUUAACUAGUUAACUAAUGGAUCAAAUCAGCACUUUUACAUAAUGUGCUAGGCCACCCUGUUUGGGACCAUGGGCACACAGUAUUGAAUAAAACGGCUAUGCUGCUAAUCA